AUACACGUGACGUCGAAUAUAUAAAAAAAAAACAAAACUGACGUGUCCUAAUAAGAAUCAUAACGUGGCAGUGAGUAUAACGGUGUUAAGAAUCGUACGUUCUCGGUUUUUUUACUCGAGCCAUUGGUUUUUUGUUUUCUUUCUACGACGGAUGAGCGCAAUCGCAGAGAAGAAAGUCGAAACGGUGAACUUCUCGCGCGAGAGAACUGUCGCUUCUGUCGUGAGCGGAGGAACAAAGGUUAUGUGUGUAAUGUUUGCAUCGGCAGCAUUUUGUGUCGUUUAGCGUAAAUUAUUCAUUCAUUUGUUGUGUCGCUGUGAAAAUUGAAUCGCUGUGCACUCCGCGCGCACUUGAUCGUCCGCGACAUGCGGUGACGAGCAGCGAUUCCAGUUUGGCAACUGUCCUAACGAUUGGCGAUAACCUUGAAAAUUAGCAUAAUAUUAAAUAAAACAUCGAAUACGGUGUUCCAACGUGGCACGAGGUAGAUAUUCGUAUUCUGUUGACCGUCGCAUCGGUAUGAAAAGGAAAUCGGAAAAAGGGAGCAACAUCGUGGAGGACGGCGGUGUUGUUGAUUCACACACCCAGGAAUCGUCUGAUCUGCGAGGUGAUGAGAAGAACAUCGCGAUUCUGUUCUUCUUGUACCUGUUGCAAGGUAUUCCCUUGGGAUUAUGCGGUUCUAUUCCAAUGCUGUUGCAGAACAGAGGAGUUUCUUAUCGUCAACAGGCAGAAUUUAGUUUUGUACAAUGGCCCUUCUCAUUAAAGCUCUUUUGGGCACCUAUAGUAGAUUCCAUUUUUUCGCAAAAGUUUGGAAGGAGAAAAACUUGGUUGAUUCCUACACAAUACUUAAUGGGAAUAUUCAUGCUUCUUCUGUCAGCCUACAUCAACCAUUGGCUGGGUAAAGAGCACGAAAAGCCCAAUAUUGAAAUGUUGACUGUGUUAUUCUUUUUCUUGAACGUACUUGCAGCUACUCAAGACAUUGUAGUCGAUGGAUGGGCGCUUACGAUGCUUAAAAGGUGCAACGUUGGCUACGCAUCUACUUGUAACAGUGUCGGCCAGACAGCAGGCUAUUUCAUUGGCUACGUUUUGUUUAUUUCGUUAGAAUCUGCCGAAUUUUGCAAUAAUUACUUAAGAUCGACUCCUUCCAGUGAAGGCAUAUUGACUCUCCCUGGAUUUUUAUACUUUUGGGGCUGGACAUUUAUUAUUACAACGACGCUCAUUGCGUUAUUCAAGCAUGAAGAUAAAGGUCGAGUAUCGAAAGGCGAAGAGUUAAAUACGGACAUUAGACACGCUUACAAGCUGUUGUGGGAUAUAGUUAAAUUGCCAACCAUAAAGACGACAAUUAUAUUUCUCUUAACUGCAAAAAUUGGAUUUUCGGCAUGUGACGCAGUAACUGGGUUAAAGCUUAUAGAAGCUGGUUUUCCCAAAGAAAAGUUUGCUUUUAUGGCUGUGUUUAUGAUACCAUUGCAGAUAAUCUUACCUUUGGUAAUUUCAAAAUAUACCGCUGGACCGAGACCUAUGGAUGUUUAUAUGAAAGCUUAUCCUUAUAGGUUGACCUUCGGUUUAAUAGCGGCGUUUUUAGUGUGGGUUACUCCAUUUGUUGUACUCAACGGUCAUGUUCCAGCUUACUAUUUUGUUAUAUUAACAGCUCUCUUUUUUAUACAUCAGAUAUCUACAAGUAGCAUGUUCGUGGCGUCGAUGGCUUUUUUUGCAAAAGUCAGCGAUCCGGCAGUUGGUGGCACUUAUAUGACAUUGCUCAAUACUUUGUGUAAUCUCGGUGGAAAUUGGCCUGCCACGGCCGCGCUUUGGUUUGUCGAUCCCUUAACAUUUAAGAAAUGCAGUACCGAUUAUUCAAACGACUGCAGUACAAUUACAGAGAAAAAGCUCUGUGCGAAUACCAAUGAUGGUGUUUGCGUAAUGCAGCUCGACGGUUAUUACUUAGAAAGCAUUCUGUGCUUAAUUAUAGGCUUUUUCUGGCUUAGAUGGGGCCGUAGGAAAAUUCAUAUGUUACAAUCGAAAUCGAUAUCCGCUUGGAAAAUCAUACUUACGCGUAACAACAGGUAACAUAUCAGCAUAAUAUUGUAAAUGUAAUAUGUUGACACUGGUACCUAUACAAUCAUUAAGAGAUUCUCUUCGAUGAUGUGAUGCAUAUACAGUGUUUUCUUCGAAUUAAACACUAUUUAUUUCAUUUCAUAUUAUUGUUAAGAGUUUAUAUUGAAUUGAAAAAGUUGCGUAUGAAAACAAAUUUUAGGAUUUUUUUAAUACAGAGAAUUAUAUUCUAAUGUGUUUAAGUUGUUAAAACUUACUAUAGAAAAAUUACUAUAGAAAUUACUAUAGAAUAAUGUAUAUUCAUUUAAAUUCAAUAUGUAAUGGCAUAUAUAUGCAUCAUUUCCUGCAUUUACCAAGUGUUCCAGUUUUGUGAAUACGAGUUUUGUGAAUACCUCACAAAGUAAUGUAAGAAAUCAUAUCUGUACAAUUGAUUGUUUCUUAUUUUCUUGACUCAGGCAAUACAAAUGAUUUAUUUAUAGCAAAUUAUACGUAUAUUAAAAAUAGAAUAAGCAAGUAAUUAUAUGCAA